UGAUAAGUUGUUAGCGAAGCUUUGAGCCAAGCUUUUCAAUAAAGCACUUUUGUUUCUGCCGAAGAAGAAUGGCGUGGAAACAGAUUGUUUUAAUCCAGCUUUUCGCUGGCGCUUGCUUUGCGGAAUCAUUUUAUGGGCUCUUUCCUAAAGAAGAUAGAGAUAUUAUAUUUUAUAAUGAACUUGAAACGGCGCAAAGUGGAUCAGACGUGAGCCUUUAUUCACACAAAGAUGUCAAUAGCACUUGCAAAGAUCACAAUGAGCAAUGUCGGACUGAUGACGAUUGCUGUGCCAUCCCGAGCAUGAUUUGCUGGCACUGGAAUGAAACAAUUGGGAUCCCAAAUCCUCCUCCUUACCCGAUGUGCAAAUGUGAUUAUUAUUACCAAUGGGAUGAGAAAAACUGGAGAUGCUAUCCGUUCUCAUUGUCUCGCCAAAUGAUGAUAGCAGCACUGAUGGCUUUUAGCUGCGCAAUUCUGGUCGCUCUCAUAGCAUUUUGCAUCCAUUCUUGUAAAUAUUGCUGGACUUACAGGGACAGAAUUAGAUAUAUGAGGGAAAUCAGGCGUGAUAGAAGGCACAGGAGAAGGCAAGUCAGAUUGCCCAGAGAUCAGUACGGCCUGAACGCUUUUGCCGAAAUUAAUCCGGACCACCCAGUGAAGCUUCCAACGUACGAAGAAAUUGGAACGCAUCAAGUACUCUACGCGUCGACAACUACCACUUUACCGUCGGCCCAAGCAUUGUCAGGCACUCUCCGUUCUCUUCCCCCGGCCUACGAGACGAUCAUUGUGGAAGGAUUUAUUGUGCCGUCAGAAGCAACAACGGAUACAACCUCAGGCUUUGUUGAGGAACAAGCGGCAAGCAGCAGAACAGAUCAAAGGGGUCAAACUAAUCAAGCUUAUGAAACCGAAAACCACAUUUAAUUCAAUCAGUACAAUUUUACACCAUUUUCUUUAGUGAAUAUUAAAUAUUGUUAUAACAAUAAUUAAAUUCUAAACAAAAUAAUUCUAACCAUCGUUUAAUUGUCGAUAAAAAAUUUUGAAUUGAUUGAGAAGAAUAAAUUAUAAUAGCAAAAAUAAAAAAGAAAAAAUUUGUGGACUCAACAGAACACAAUAGUGUGUUUGUUGGUCUUCGCGCCUGCCCGAUGUAAAUAUAUGCAGCCGGCUACGCACAAGUGUGAGGCAGGUUGCAGAUGUAUAAAAUUAUUUUUGUAUAUUUUUUUUUUAAAUUAUUUUCAUUUUGAAAUAAAUAAGAACCAAUAAAUUAUUAAUUUUUCAAGCACUUCCUUAUUAAAAGCUGUCAAAACUGCACGUAUGUGUGUGAAGUUAAUAAAAACAAAAGCUCUAAAUUUA